GCAUUAACCAACUACUUACAAUAUUGGUAUUGGUUAAGACGAUCAUUUCGAACAAAAAAAAAGGUUAUAGAAUAUGCAUAUUACAAAAUUUUUUGCAGCUUUUCUCGCCCUCGCUGGUGGUUUCUAUACCAGUUCAGCGGAUGUUCCCAAAGUAAAUAAAGAAGGUCUGCAAGAAUUAUUGAACGCCAAUGCUCUCUUUAUGACAAAAUUUUAUGCCCCUUGGUGCGGUCACUGUAAAUCAUUGGCACCUGAGUACGAAUUGGCUGCUGAAGAAUUAGAGAAAGAUAAUAUUUCUAUGGUUGAGGUCGAUUGUACAGAGGAGGCCGAUCUUUGUAAUGAAUACAACAUUCGUGGCUAUCCUACCCUUUCGGUAUUCAAGAAUGGAGGUUUAAGCAAUCAGUAUUCUGGUGCUCGUCGCCAUGAUGCUCUCGUCAAAUAUAUGAAGAAGCAGCUUUUACCUGUUGUUCAGAGUGUUAAUAAGGACAGUGUUGAAACUUUUACUCAAACGAACGAAGAUUUGGCUGUCAUUGCCUUCUUUGAUGAUCAAAAGCUGAAUGCUACUUACACAGAUGUCGCUGAAAGUUUACAGGAUUCAUUCGCUUUCGCUGCUUCUAACGAUAAGGAAUUGGCUAAAUCUUUAAAUGUUCCUUUCCCCGGUAUUGUUGCCUUUACUAAAGAUUCAGCCCAAGACUCCAAUCAGCUCGUAUACAAGGGUGAUUGGGAAAAGAGAGACAUCGCAGACUUUUUAAGCGUUUCCAGUAUUCCCUUAUUGGACGAAUUAAACCAAAUGACUUUCGUUAGAUAUCACAGCAGCGGACUCCCCUUGGGUAUCAUUUUCUACAAUAGUACCGAAUCUCGUGAUGAGCUGUACAAUGUGUUCCAGCCUAUUGCUAAGCAAUACCAAGACACCGUUCGUUUUGCCUUUUUAGAUGCUUUACGCUAUGGUGCCGUUGCUAAGCAAAUGAGCAUUGAACCUAAUUGGCCCGCUUUUGUAAUUACUCAUUUGGACAACUUCCUCAAGUUUCCUUAUCCUACUUCUGAAUUGACUAGCAAAAAUAUGGGUAACUUUGUCAAAGAAUAUGCUGAUGGAAAACUUCAGCCUAAGAUCAAGAGUCAACCUGUCCCUGAAUCCCAAGGUGAUUUAACUGUUUUAGUCGCUGAUAACUUCAAUGAUAUUGUUAUGGACUCCACGAAAGAUGUUCUUGUUGAAUUUUAUGCUCCCUGGUGUGGACAUUGCAAGAAUCUUGCCCCUACUUAUGAAUCUUUAGCUGAGGAAUAUGCUAACAACAAAAACGUGGUUAUAGCUAAGGUUGAUGCAACAGAGAACGAUUUGAACGUCUCCAUUUCUGGUUUCCCUACUAUUAUGCUUUUCAAGGCUAACGACAAGGAAAACCCUCUCUUUUACGAAGGCAGUCGUAGUUUGGAAGAUAUGUCUUCUUUCAUUGACAAGCAUUCCUCUUUUGAAUCUAGUUCUGAGGCCGAAACUGAAGACGUCAAUGAAGCAAAACAAGAUACUAAGAAGGAAGGAGCUAAGGUGACUGAUGAUGAAGAAGCUUUUAACGAGCUGUAAAAAGUUAUACUUGUUUUUCAUUAUCGUCCUUUUUUUAGCUAUCUAUUGUAUGUGACUAGUGGACAAUAACAUCGUAAUGUUUAUCAUGAAGACGGUAUUUUCUUUGAGUAGGAGUGUAAGUAUUAAUGAAAUUAAUGAAACGUAAGAGUAUCAAGC